AUGGAGGUAGAGCAAUGGCUUCACAUGGCCAACGGCGACGGAGAGAACAGCUACGCCACCAACUCCAGACUCCAAGAGAAGGCCAUGCUUGAGACCAGGCCGGUGCUCCAGGGCGCCGUGGUGGAGCUGUACAGGUCACUGCCGGACAAGAGCACCAUGGUCGUCGCCGACCUAGGCUGCUCGUCAGGGCCGAACACGCUGCUGCUUGUGUGGGAGGUCAUCGGUACAAUCUCCGACCACAACCGGGAAGAAGAGCAGGAGCAGCGCCCUCCUGCCGCAGCCAUGGAGUUGCAGUUCUUCCUCAACGACCUGCCGGGGAACGACUUCAACCUCGUCUUCAGGUCGCUGGAUCGGCUGCAGGAGCUCACCGCCGAUAGGAGGCCGCAAUACUACGUGGCCGGGAUGCCGGGUUCUUUCUACACCAGGCUGUUCCCAUGCCGGAGUGUCCACCUCUUCCAUUCCUCCUACUCCCUCAUGUGGACGUCCAAGGUACGGGAUGAGCUUUCAAGAGGUGCUUACCUGAAUGAAGAGAGCAUCUACAUUGGCAAGAGUACUCCUCCAGCUGUGAUAAAACUAUACCAAGAAGAGUACCAAAAGGACCUGUCUUUGUUCCUGACGCUGCGAUUCAAUGAACUUGUACGUGGUGGGCAUAUGGUUCUAACAUUUCUAGGCAGAAAGAGCAAAGACAUAGCACGAAUUGGUGACGUCUGUGAAACUUGGACACUACUAUUUUUCUGCAACGUGUGGCAGGGCCUUGUGGAGAAGGAGAAGCUGGUCUCUUUCAAUCUUCCAUUUUAUGCGCCAUCUAUGGACGAAGUGAAGGCUGUGGUUGAGGAGAACAAUCUCUUCAAUGUGGAACACAUGAGUGUGUUUGAAUCAAGCUGGGAUCCACAAGAAGACGACACAAACGAUGAUGUCGUGUUGGGCUGCAGCAGUAGUGGGUUGAAUGUUGCCAGGUGCAUAAGGGCGGUGGCGGAACCGCUGAUUAAGAAACACUUCGGAGAGGCCAUUCUUGAUGAUCUGUUUAUGGUUUAUGCCAGCAUGAUUUCAAAGCACAUCAAGAAAGCGAAGGCCAAGUAUCCUAUAAUUAUCAUCUAUUUGAAGGCCAAGCACUAAGAAAUACUUCUCAAGUGUCAAUUUGAAUAAAUGCGGGGAGUUCAGUAUUUCCGGUCCAUCACAUAUUAUAUGUAAAAGAUGUUUUGUUAAUAUUUUGUACGUAUGGAAAAGGAUGUUUCCUUGUCAAUUCCAUGAAUUUUAUGGCA